AUGCGGCCGUGGCUUGCACCUCGCUCGAUGGCGUCCCUGGGCCGGUCGUUGCGCGUCUUUUCGGUGCGUCAAGCCGUGCAACUCGAAUCCCAAGUGCUGGCGAAGCUGCGUGGCGUGUCGGAUGGGUUGGGGAUAGGCGACAUCGUGUCCUCUGGCCGUGUCAAGGACCUAAGCGUGACACCUGAGACGGGGCAAGUUGCGUGCAAGAUCGAGAUGCCAUCACCGGUGCUGAAGGAGCUAGCCGAGCAGUGGCGACACGAGGCCAAAUUUGCAGUGAACGAGCUGGCGUGGGUCCAGGCGACAGACUUCGAGAUCACUAAGCCACGACCGCGCAAUGCUCGAGCUGGACGCUUGUCGUCGCUGGCCCACGUGUCGGACAUCAUUGCAGUGUCAAGUUGCAAAGGCGGCGUCGGAAAAUCCACGGUAGCAGUGAAUUUAGCAUUCAGUCUGGCCAAGCGCGGUGCUCGAGUGGGUAUUUUGGAUGCGGACAUUUACGGGCCAAGUCUACCCACUAUGAUCUCCCCCGUAGACUGCACCAUUCGUCCGUCGAGAAAGGUCAAGCACUUUGUCGAGCCAGUGGAGUACGAGGGUGUCAAGUGCAUGUCAUUCGGCUUUGUGAACCAGCGUGCCGCUCCGGGGGCUGGAGGCGUCGGAGCUGCCGUGAUGCGCGGCCCCAUGGUCUCAAAACUGAUUGAUCAGCUCGUUCUUGGGACAGAAUGGGGUAACCUGGACUACUUGGUGGUGGACAUGCCUCCAGGAACGGGGGACAUCCAGAUCUCCCUCUCGCAGCAAAUGGCUAUAUCAGCUGCAGUCGUCGUGACCACACCGCAGCGACUCAGCUUUGUCGACGUGGAGAAAGGGAUUGCAAUGUUUGAUGACUUGAAGGUGAAAACAGCUGCUGUGGUGGAGAACAUGUCCUACUUCGACUGCUCGCAUGGGCAACGUCACUACCCAUUUGGCCCGGGCCAUACACAGGAGCUUGUCGAUAAGUACAAUAUGAAAAACCUGUUCAAGCUACCUAUUGCGGAGCAAUUCAGUUCAUCGGGUGAUUCUGGACGCCCCUUUGUACUAUCAGGACUGUAUUCAGAGGAGGAACAAACUUACGAUUUGCUCGCAACCACAGUGGCGAAGGAACUUGUAGUACUGAAACACAACAUGCGCCUGGCGCCGGAACUUCUGUAUGAUAAGAAUCGCGGCAUUGUGCUUCGUUUGUACAGUCUAAACGAGGCAAAGGAAGCCGUGCUUCACCCGGCUGACCUUCGAGCUCGCUGCCGGUGCGCUCAAUGCGUCGGCGAGUUUACUGGAGAGCAGCUUUUGGACCCAGCGACCAUUCCAGACAAUAUCGUUCCCACUGCGGUCGAGCGGAAGGGCAAUUAUGCGUUUGCGGUCAAAUGGAGUGACGGUCACAUAUCAUCGCUUUACACUUACGACGCACUCACGGCACUAAUUACUGAGCUUACGUCGACGACAGCGGAAGAGUCGUAG